CAGUAUUCGCUUCGACGCAGUAGCUACUGAGCUCUUCUCAAAACCAGAUUAGUUCUUCACUUCCUGCACAAAAGCACAUCACCACAAUGAAGUAUUUAAUAGCAAUCGUGUUUCUUGUUGGUAUCUGCCAUGUAAGAACUGAAGAUGAUUUUUUUCCUGAUUAUAUCCAACCGUGCGAUUUGAAGGAGGAAGAAUUCACAAAAUGUGUAAAACAACAGAUAGAAGACAGUCUGCCACACUUUUCGAAGGGCAUUCCGGAACUUGGAGUUCCUUCGGUUGAUCCAGUAAAUUUGGACGAUAUAACCAUUGACGGAAAUGGCCUCAAAUUAAAAUUCAAUAAAGCGCAAAUGCACGGACUUAGCCAUACUAUGCUGACGAAACUAAAAGUGGAUAUCGGACAAGAAGAUGAGAGAUUUAAUCUUGGAAUAAUAGCAAACCUAAGCUUAACAGCCAAGUACAACGCAGAUGGAAAAAUUUUGAUACUUCCUAUCAAAGGAGAUGGAGACGCUGUUAUAACGUGCAAAAACAUUGAGGUUGAAAUCAACAGUAAAUUGAGUCACAUUAAAAGUAGCAAAGGACUGCACUUCAAGCUUGUGACGCCAAACUAUAAAUAUGAUAUUCAAUCUACGACAUUCGAGUUUGAGAAUUUGUUCAACGGCAACAAGCAACUUGCGGAUGCAACAUUGCAGUUUGCAAAUGAAAACUGGCGACAACUUAUGGACGAUUUGGCACCUCCAGUUGUGAAGCAGAUUGUUAAGACUAUUGUUAAAGCCAUCAACAAAUUCUUCUCUAAAGUCACCAUCAAUCGCAUUGUUAAUGGUUACAAGCAAACAUCUUAAAACUCUGAUAGAAUUUAUUAUUGUAUUUAAUAAAGCAUGAAUGUGAUAUCUGAA